CCGGUACAGGAAUGUCCAUUGCGACUCUCUCUAAUACGGUCACGAAAAUAGUUCGAGUUUUCUCAACUUCCAUUGUAUGUUAUAGAAAACUUUUUGUUCGGAAACUCUUUGUAAAAAUAAUGAUAUAGUAAAUAAUAUUUUAACAACCAUGGAUUCCCAACUUUUCUUACGAGAGAACGAGACAUAUGAUGACUUUUAUAAUCGGUGCAAUAACUUCUCUCAUUUCGAUUGUACCGAAGAGGAGAUGUUAUGGUGGCUUAUGGGAGCUAGGCGGUUACCUCUGAAAGAGAUAAUUCCCAUCAGCAUUGUUCUCGUGGUGAUAUUCUUGACUGGAGUGGUGGGGAACGUUUGUGUUUGUGUGGUGAUAGUCAGACAUCCUGGACUCCACACAGCGACUAAUUACUAUCUAUUCAGUUUGGCUAUCAGUGAUUUGCUGUUGCUUCUAUUUGGGCUCCCCAACGACCUGUCGGUGUAUUGGCACCAAUACCCUUACAGUUUGGGCAUGGUGUUCUGCAAAUUAAGGGCCCUUAUAUCAGAAGCGGCCACGUAUGUAUCGGUGCUGACGAUAUCAGCGUUCUCCUUGGAGCGAUACCUGGCUAUUUGUCACCCACUACACCUGUAUGCAAUGGCUGGCCUCACGAGGGCUUCGCGGAUUAUACUCAUCUUGUGGGUAAUAUCGGUGGUUUGCGCCUCACCAUUCGCCGUCUACUCCGAUAUCAGCUACAGGGAUUAUCCUCCAAAUUCCGGUAACAUAUCCUUGGAGUCGGCUUUCUGCGCGCUCAUGGCUCCGUCCCCACUAUUGGAACUCAGCAGCAUAUUUUUCUUCUUCGUGCCUGGUGUUCUCAUACUUUGUCUGUAUGUAAGGAUGGGGCUACAUAUACGGACAACACGAGUAAGCAAGAAAAGCAAGCUGGGAUUACUGAACGGGCAAGUACACGGCGAGACGAGACAAGCGAAGUCAAGGAAAACCAUCAUACGCAUGUUGGCUGCCGUAGUAAUAGCGUUCUUCGUGUGCUGGGCGCCAUUCCACGUUCAGCGGCUAUUCUUUAUCUACGGUGAAAAUCUACAACAGUUCCAUGUGAUCAAUGAACACCUGUUCAACGUAGCUGGAGCCCUGUACUAUGUGUCUGCGACUGUCAACCCCAUACUGUACAACGUUAUGAGUGGGAGGUACCGCCAAGCUUUCCAAGAAACGUUGCUAUGCCGUAAACGCCGCCGGUGUUCGGGAAACCUCGACCUGACCAGUUGUCGAGACUCGGCUCGCAGCAACCGAUCCUGCAGAAGAGACCCGCGCAUCUCGUUCAUCAAUAAAAUUGAUUUCGUCAAAGACCCUCCACCAUUUUGCGUCGAUGUAGCAAUGGACGGAGAAGAAUCUGUGUUAGAAUUUUAUACAGGGUGUAAGACUAGUAACGCUGUAGUGUAAUGUGAAUUGGUGUAGUGUAAUUUGGUGUAAUGUAAUAUAAAUUGAUGUAGUGUAAUUACUAUCCUCGCCGUUAAGAAAUCUAAGUCAUAAAAUUUUUUAUAACUAAAAGUGCGAAUAUACUUAGAUAAUUAUAAAACUGAUUUCGUCAAUGAUUUGAUUUAUUCUGAGUCAAUGUGACGAAGAUGAUAUUUUAU